AAAGUUAAUAUUAAAAUAUCAAAGGUUUGAGUUUUUAAUUUAUUUUAUAAACUUUUUUUUAUAAAGAAAUAAGCGAUCUAUAAAGCAAAAUAAUUUGAGAAUUCCCAUAUAUAUGUCUAACAACUGUUUCUUUUUGAAACUUAUGUCAAACAACUUUUUUUAUAAAGAAUAUUGCACUAGUAUGUUUUUGGCCGAAACAAUAUUACUGAAAGUAUGUACUAAUUGUGCACUCCAUGUUAUCCAGUCGACUCUUACAUAAUCAUUGGGAUAAACAAUUAUUGGCCACUAUCGUUUUAAGCUAAUUAUUAGCCACAUCCAACAAUGUAGAGUAGACUUUUUAGAAAAUAACACAGCACCUAAAUUCACAUAUUUAUUGGUUUCUUAUUACUUAGUAAUAUUCUUUACGUGAAGUGGGUGCUCUUCACAUCAUGCAACAUGAACAAAUCGGCAUAUACUUCAUAAUACGUACACACGCCAACAUGUAUUAACUAUAUUACUAUUAUAUAUUAAAAGUUUAAAACUGUAGUUUAAAGUUGUUGGGACAAAAUAUCAGUUGACAAUAUUAACCGGCCAAACAUAACACCCUACUCCAUUCUCACAUAAAUUCAUAGUUGACAAUAUUAACUGAACUCACCGCAUUUGAAAAAUGUAUAUAACACACAUUGUUGAUGUUAGCAUGCUGGUUAAUUUUCCACUUGAUUGAUUCAUAUGUUGGUCAUUUUUCUUCUCAUGAAAUUACACGUUUUGGAAUUUGUUUCAAACUAAGAGAAUUGGUCAUUGUCUAGUUAUGCUUCCCCAGUUAUUGUCUCAACUCUCAAGUCUGGUUUGAUAAGUCGUCGUACUCUUACGACUUAUUGGGUGGACUUUAGUUUUUUCUUUCGUAAGUCAUUAGAAAUUAAAUAGAAGAGUAUUUAUACGCUAAACCAACAUGUGCAAAGAGAUGCGUACGUAGACGUAUAAGAAAUAUGCCAAAAAUAUAAAUAAACAAAACAAAAUAAAAAGGAACAAUAUGGGAGUGGAGUAAUGGUAGAGAGAUAGGAAGGCAGAGCCGUAGGUUCCGUGAGAGCCAGGCUUGCAUUCUUAUUAAUUUAUACAUUCGUUCACCAUAAGUAACCUCUAAGCCUCUACUUCCAUUUUAUUUUAGUGUUUUUGGCUUAUCAUUUAUAUUUUCUCAACGAUGGAAGAUCGCAUAAGAAUAUUCAAAACUAGUUUUGGUAAUAUAUAGCUGUUGUAUGAAACUUAUAAGGGAUAUACAAUAUAGCAUAUGAUUAGUUAAAAUUGGAUCGUUAUUUGUAUCAAUCACAAGAAUGUCAUAUAUUCAUUGUCAAUAACACAAGAAAAUAUAUAUUGAGUUAAAGGUUAGUUCCAGAUUAUUAAAAACAAUGAUAUUGAUCAGUUUCGGUAAUUAACCGAAAGAUGUUGAUCGCUUCGUAUUAGAAACAUUUGUAUUUAGAUCUCUAACCACAUGUUAUUAUCUUUUUAAGAGGCCACGUGAUUCUUUAGGCAUAACAGAACUAAUCCAAGAAUAGGUUGUUUAUACAGAGUAAAAGAAAGGGAUGUUGAAGAGACAAAUAAUACAUUACUCAAGUUAUUGUCUAAAUUUACACAUAAAAAUUGUAAUAGACAAUAACAGAAGUACUAAAAUUUAAGAGGUUGCUAAAAGACAAGUCCAACAUAUUCCACACACUUGAGAAUGUGUUGUCUCCCUUUGACUCCUCUCCAUAAAUCACUCUCUAUUUAUGUAUGCAUCUCUCCAAUCCACACACAUACAUCUCUCUCUCUCUCUUAACACACAUAAACAUCCUUAGUUUAUAUAUUUGUAAUCCUCACCAUCUCCAUCUUCAAAUUCAACUCUCUCUAAUUCAUCUUCUAGCUCUUCCCUCUUUAAUUACUUUUUUUGAAUCUAUCUAUAUAGCCAAUGGAAACAGCAGAGGAGGCGAUAUCGGCAGCUAAGGAGCAAGCCUUGAUCCUUAAAGGGAAGAGGACUAAGAGGCAGCGUCUGCAGUCCCCAAUCCCUUUCUCUAUCGUCCCUCCUAUGUCUUCUCAAGAACCUGAUGUGGAAGAAGAGUCCACCAGUCUUGUUUCCAAGGAGAAGAGUCUCAAUGAUGAUAUUAACACCAACAAGAAUGAUAACAACGUUUUGAUCAAUGGUGUGACAUCUCCUGCCUCUUCAUCUUCUAACAACAAUGCAACAUUAAAGACCGCCGCUGACGAGGAAGACCAAGACAUGGCUAAUUGUUUGAUCCUCCUCGCCCAAGGUCACUAUACCCCUCAACAACAACCACAACAAACAAGACAGUUUAUGAUGAGUUACCAAGAAUCUGGUAAUAACAACAACAAUGCGUAUAGAUCUAGCAGCAGAAGGUUCCUCGAGACGUCUUCACCUAAUGGAACCACGAGUGGAGGCAGAGCCGGUUACUAUGUUUACCAAUGCAAAACGUGUGACCGGACUUUCCCUUCUUUCCAAGCUCUUGGUGGCCAUAGAGCCAGCCACAAGAAGCCUAAAGCCGCAGCGGGUCUUCACUCCGACCAUGACCUCAAGAAGUCUAUAUACAACGACGCCGUUUCUCUUCAUCUCAACAACGUCCCCACCGCAACUCCUAACAACAAUAGUAGCCACAGGUCGCUUGUGGUAUACGGCAAAGCGGGUAACAAUAAAGUCCAUGAAUGUGGGAUAUGUGGAGCUGAGUUCACGUCCGGACAAGCCUUAGGUGGUCACAUGAGACGUCAUAGAGGCGCAGUGGUGGCCUCAGCAGCAUCCGCUUCCACCGCAACGGUUAGGGUUGCGGCCACUGCGGGUACAGCAAACACGGCCUUGUCAUUGUCACCUAUGUCGUUUGACCACAUGUCGGUUCAUCCGGUUCAGGGUCCGGUUAAGAGAGCGAGGAGUGCGGUUGUGUCGUUAGAUUUGGAUCUGAAUCUACCUGCCCCGGAAGAUGUGAAUCGGGUCAACGGGUUAAGCUUUGCUUCAAAGCAAGAACAGGAACAUGAACAUGAACAAACGCAACAGAGAGAAGAACAAAAGUCUAUUGUUUUGUCUUCGGCUCCUACAUUGGUGGAUUGCCAUUACUAAAUCAAAUAUUCAAUACCCAAAUUCGUUUAUUAAUUUUUUGAAAUUUUACGCAAAAAUUUAUGAACCAUUUUUUUUUAAAAAGUUACUGAUUCCUUGCUUGUACAAGAAUUGCAAGAUUCCUUUUUUUUACUUCAUUUCAAAAGAAAACCCUAUCAUUAUACAAAUGUGCAUAUGCAUAGAUGCUAUGUAAUAACAUCUACGCUAAUGUAAGAUUUUUUGGUUGAACAAUAAAACUAAAAAUAAUAUACUCCACGUUUUGUUACAAUACACGGUGUAUACAAAAAAUAUUUUUAAAAAGUAUAAUGUUAACUCUCUCAAAAAAAAAUGUUACUAACUUUAUCAACGUCCCAAAACUCAUGCAAAUCAUUAAAAAAUGCAAGUUAUUUACUACAAUCGCAAUUCACAAGUCGCAACACUUUCUGGUAUGGGACUUUGUCCGUCCUCUAAAUGGGCUAUAAAUGAAUGAUGGGCUUCAAAAGUAUCCUAUAAUGUCAAAAGAAGUUAGGCCCAGGACUAAACACGAGGUUCGAACAAGUAUGAGGCAGAAAAAGUUUUGAUAUUUUAGCAUUUUGUCCUUUAUGGGGACAGUGGUGUGACGGGUGUCAGUUAGCUGACAACCUAAAUAAAUAAAAUUUUAAAUUUUGUAUUUUACUGUUUCAAAAGUUAUGUGAUAUGAUAAUUUGAUAUUUUCGUUUUGAAACUCCUUGCUUCCAAUAUAGUUAAAGAACGGAGCAGACCCAAACAAAUAAUGCAUGUUAUCAUUACUAUUAUUAUUUUAAAAUCUAAAUGUUGAGAGAACAAUUAUAUCAAUAAUUUUUGGAUGUGAGAAAACGCAAUUUGAAUAAACUUAAGAGAAGUAAUAAUAAUGAAUUGUUAUCAACUAUAACAAAAAAAAGUAAACUACGAACUAAAAAUUGAAAGAAAAAUAGAUUGGACUUGGACUAUUAGUAGAUUGGUAGAUAGAACAAAGAAGCAAAUUAAAUGAAGAUGAAUAAAUAUUAAGAGAAAAUGGGGAAGAUGAUGAUUCGUGUGGACCAAGUCUUCUCUUCCUUUAGCUUGCCUUAUUGGUAAAGUAUCCUUUAGCAAGCAAACGUACCUGUCACUCCUUUAUUUUGUUUUCACCUUCUAUUCUCUCAUUAACUUCUUCUUCUUCUUUGGGUCAACUUCUCAAUAACUUUUGUGUACGUUUAGAUUAUUUUAUCAACAAUCAGUGUUACUAUACUAUAUUUUAAACUGAUGAUAUCUCUGGAACAAAGAAAACGACAUUAUCCUAAUAAAAGAAAAUUUCUUAAUUUUAAAAGGUUAGAUAAAAUUGGAUACUGUUUCAGUUUAUAAGUAAGGGUUUAAAAUAUUUAUUUGGUAUGGAAAUUGAACCAAAAUUUCAAGGUUACAUAAAUAGCAUUUUUUUCUAGAAAAUUACAAAAAUAUAUCGAAAACAAGAUGCUUCGCAUUUUUGAUGAUAUAUUAAAAGAGAAUAAUAUCAUAGUUUAACCAUUUUCUGAAAAAAACUAUCCUAUAUUUUACAUAUAUAUCUACCAUAAAUAAUAUUUCUUUAAGCGUAAAAUUUAUAGUUGCAUAUUAUUUAAUAGAAUAUAAGAUAUUUUCUACAAUGCGCUUAGAAAAAAAUGAAUUAUAAAAUUUUAUUCUAUUUCGUAAAAAAUAUCAUAUUUAAUUUAAAUAAUAAAAUAUUUUUUUGGACAAAGAAUAAUAAAAUAUAUUAC